AUGUUGAACGGAACCAAAACAGAGGUUCUUCCUCCCGGAGUUGGCCGGGUGCCACUCUGGUGGAUGGAAAUCACGCCCCAUUAUGUUCUCGAUCGCGCCGAAGAUUUGGCUCGCAAGGCAAGCAACGUACAAACCUUACUCACACUCUCUUUUUCCCAAUCUAUCGCACAGGAAACAGAAGCGCAAAUGUCCGUCUUGUUCGAGCAUCUUGCCGCCAUGGAAGACGCGGGAUACUUGGAUGAAAACGGUAGGCCCAAGUUGGGACCGGACGGAAAGCCUCUCGGGUGGGGAAACAAUGGUUGGGCGGGACGCCAGGGUGGCACGGACGUCGGCACCGGCGGCCAGUCGGGCAGCGGCGGAGGCCGAAACUUUAAAUCCGGCGGUGCCUUUCUUGAUCCCAAAUUGUUUGGCAUUCCAGAGAGUCAUCCGGAUUACCAGGCGUACUUGACUGGUGCCAAACUGCCCCCAGGAUACUUGGAAAUGUUGGAAAAGUACAAAAAGGGGGAAUUGAACAGUGAUUUCGCCAACAAUUUGAAACAGACCAAUUUUGGAAACUACGGUCGCCAGGCCGAAACUCCCGAGUUUAAACCAGCCUGGGCAUGCAUGAAACUACGUUCCACCAAUCAAGGAUCGAUGAUUCGCAAGGGCCAGUACGACGAUUCCCCAUCCAAGGUCGUGAACCGACUUCGUUCGGUGGAAGCCGCUGACGUUGCUGAACCGCCUCUACGAGAGGAUUCUACUUUGGUGUCGGUACAACCGGAUUCUCCAAACUUGUCACAGUCGCAAACUAUUGCUCCGGAAGUUUGCUUUGAGCAACAGUCGACCAUGACUAGUGACAUUCGGACCUUGGUUCAAGAAAAUACAGAGUCUAUCCAAGAAUCGACCCCCGAGUCGAGCAAAUCAUCCACCCAACAAUACAGUCACGGUGACUACUACAACGCCAAACCAAAUAAUGCUGGUAUUGUAGCUCCCGCAUCGGAGGAGAUUCCUGACAAAGACUUCGAAGAAAUUUAUGAAGAGGUAUCAGAUGAGGAAGACGACUGCAAUGACGAAGGAUACGACAAGCCUGAUCAAGGCUCCUCCGGGCUAGGUAAUCUUACUGAUCUACAAGCCAUUCUCGCUGAGAAACAGGCAGAGUUGCGUCGCCUUCAGGGUCUACUGUAA